AUGAAAAUUUUAAUUAUUUAUGUGGCAUCAAUAGCAGUAUUCUAUUUCGUUGAUAAAUCUUUGGAUCUACAAUUUAUUGAAUCAGACAAAUUAAAUCGAUAAUGUGAGACAAAGGUUGAUAAUCAAAAUAAAAGUAUACUCUCUUGUGGGUAUAUUUGGGAAUCUAAUGAAACGAUGGUCACAUUCUAUUUUCGUACCAAAACCAAAUUACAACACAAACCUGAUAUUGUCAUUUAUUACUAAUAAUUUCCUACAGAAUAAUAGUUAAAUAUUACUGAGCUAUUAUCAGUUGAUACUAAUAAUUCAUUUCCUUUAGUCUAAGAAAAUUAAGUUGGAAUUGAGGAAUUGAUUAAACAUCAUUUAAAAGCUUUAUCUUAUUCUUUCAAAUCAGGAGAUUCAGAUGGAAAUGAAAAUUAUUUAAUGACACCUGAAUUAAUAAAAGUUUCAGCAUAUGUUAUUUUUGCAAAGGAUUUAGACAUAGAAUUAGAAGCAUAUUUCAAAAAUAAUUUAAAAUAUUUAGAAGAUUCCUUUGUUACAUUCUUAUGCUUUGUCAUUAUGGCUUUGGCUAUUAAAAUGAUCAAUGAGGAAGAAGAAAAUCUAAUGCCUUUAGGAAAAUAUAUUAAAGAGAAUCAACAUCAUAUGCUUAUAAUGAUAAUUCUUAUUGCACAACCACUUAGACCCUUAUGUUUCUUUCCAGAAUUUGAAGCUGUAGAGUGGCUGAUUGGAUAAACAUGUUAUGCAGUAGGAGAAUUUCUAUUUUUAAGAUAUUUCUUAUAAGUUCUUUCCUUCCUAAAAGGUUAAGACAAUAAUACAAAUAAAGGUAGAAAUACUCUUAUAACAAUCUUUGUGAUUAUUCCUAUUAGUAUAGAUAGAUGGUUGAUUGCCUUUGAUAGUUAAUCCUUUGUUAUAAAAGACUUAGAAAAUUAAGUUGAUAACAUUCAUACAAUUAUGAUUGCGUGUUGGUUAUGUUUUUUGAUGUAUUCUGGUAUUUUUGCUUAUGAAGUCAUGAUUAGUUUAAAUUCAAAUUUAAUUAGUAAAUGCUAACCUAUUAUUUGUUAGGACGUGAUCUAUUUAUAAUUGACAUCAUCUUUUUCAUUAUCUAUUCAAUAUAGAAGAGUUAAUUUUACUUAUUUUAUGAAAGAUUUGAUCAUCAUUUAUUCAAUCCAAUAAAUAUGUUAAUGAUGAUUUCUUAUAUUGCUGUUCUAUUGAUAAUUGAUCUAAGGAAAGAGAGUGAGAAGAGUAAUGAAUUAUAACCUAUAAGACAUUAAAUCGAUUAAGAUGAAGAACAUGUAGAUAAUCUAGAUUUUACAAUUGCAGAAUAUUAUAAAGAAAAAGCAAAUGAUGAUCAAACAUUAAUUUGA